AUUUCGUCAACAAAUUGAGACAGGUGAUUAGAAAAUGAGCGUAAAGAGUGUUCCGAUGCGACCACAACAAUGUUCGCGCGUGUAUAUAAUACUUCCAUCCAUUUUCUACUGCUUAUUCCCUUUACUUAUUAAUACAUAUUGUACGUACCGUGAAUGUAAACGACAUGUACGUGACUGUGCGCGGUUACUAUAGCAACCAGUAAAACACGACGCCGCCGGAGGACAACAUGUCAACACAAGUGAACGAGAGGGAAGAUGAGGACUUUAAAGAGGAGGCGAGGGUGUCUUCCGUCUUCUCUUCUGCCGAAGCGUUCAGACAAGAACCGUCCGACAACAUUCCAGAGACAGUGGACGACUUUCUCAGGAACUUCCUGCGGAGACUCGGCAUGAGUCGGACUCUGGACUCGUUCGAGGCGGAAUGGUACGGCUUCGCUCACAAAGUCCUGACGGGUCCCUUAAUCAGCGCACCUGCGGCGCCGGGCGUCCUCGUCCUGCCCGACGCCGCCACGCACCAGCGGCUGCUCCGCUCCGAACUGGACAAGGUCCUCGGUGAGACCGACGCCUUGAAACAAGAAGUGCUGUCCGCGGGGGACAAGCUGGUGAGGGUGCAGCGGGACCGGGACCUGCACCUUCUGCACCGCCGCCGCUUCGUGGACGACAAAAAGCGUCUGCUGGAGGACAUCAAGCGGCUGAAGAAGCGUUUGGAGUCCUACGAGCCGGCGCUGAGGCGUCUGGACGACAAGUACCAAGCCACCAUGAGGCAGAAGAUGCUGCUCAGCCUGGAGAGCCAGCGAGUUCUGAACGCCUCAGAGCCAACUAGUCUGGACAGAACCAAGUCGGAAAAGACCAGCGACCUUUGGCGGAGCAGCAUCACACGCCAGAGCCUCCCUGAGGCUCCUGUCUGCCAGAACCUUCCACUCACGCAUGAGCAACGUCAACCCAAAGAAGACAAAACAAUUUCAAACUUCAACCUGUUCUGUUCCAUCAAAGCUCACCUUCUUCCUAUCAGCUGCAUCAGUCUGCAUCCUCACAGGAACUACCUGGCCUCUGCUGGGGAUGACUGCAGCUGGAAACUGUGGGCGCUGCCCACCAGCACAGAAAAGGUGGGCCAAUUGGUGCUGACAGGUGAGGGACACUCUGAUUGGCUGUCAGGCUGCAGCUUCCACCCAGGAGGAGGUAAACUGGCAACCACCAGCGGUGACACCACAGUGAGACUGUGGGACUUCUCCUGCGGCCGUUGCGUGUUGACGCUGUCAGGUCACAGCAAUCCCACCUGGGGCUGCUCCUUCCACUCGUGCGGUCACCUCCUGGCCUCCUGCUCCUCCGACAAAACCGCCAAGCUGUGGGACCUGAACAGCCAGAGUUGCCGCCUCACCCUGCGCCGCCACAGCGCCUCCGUCAACAGCGUCUGCUGCCUGCGCGCGUCCAACUCUGUCCUCACGUCCUCGGCGGACAGGACGUUGGGCCUGUGGGACAUCAGGCUGGGAGUGUGCGCCGCCUCCUUCCUCGGACACCAGCAUCCCUGCAACCACGCCAUCUUCGGCCUGGCCGGGGAAGUGGUGGCGUCCUGCGACACGCGUGGGACAGUCAACGUGUGGGACAUCAGGAGACACACGUCGCCCGUGCACACUAUAGACGCCGGGCCGCCGAGCGCCAACCAGGUGGCUUUGAGUCCGUCGGGGAAGAUGUUGGCGGUGGCGAGCAGUGACGGUUUGGUCCGGCUGGUGGACGUGGAUUCUUGCACAGUCAGCAACUUGUCAGGACACAGGGGCAGCGUCAACACUAUCACCUUUGACCACAAGGGGGAGACUGUCAUGUCAGCAGGGAGUGAUGGUCUCAUUAACAUCUACAUAUGACAAAGGGGGCUUCACGGUGGCAGAGGGGUUAGUGCGUCUGCCUCACAAUACGAAGGUCCUGCAGUCCUGGGUUCAAAUCCAGGCUCGGGAUCUCUCUGUGUGGAGUUUGCAUGUUAUCCCCGUGAAUGCGUGGGUUCCCUCCGGGUACUCCGGCUUCCUCCCACUUCCAAAGACAUGCACCUGGGGAUAGGUUGAUUGGCAACACUAAAUUGGCCCUAGUGUGUGAAUGUGAGUGUGAAUGUUGUCUGUCUAUCUGUGUUGGCCCUGCGAUAAGGGGGGCGAUUUGUCCAGGGUGUACCCUGCCUUCCGCUUGAUUGUAGCUGAGAUAGGCGCCAGCGCCCCCCGCGACCCCAAAAGGGAAUAAGCGGUAGAAAAUGGAUGAAUGGAUAUGACAAAGGGGGCCGUGUGUUUCCCACCUAGGCCUCUCCAUAUAACAUCAGGUAUGUCCCCACAUGGCCAUCGCUGGGGAAAUACUGCACAGAAACAACCUUGCACACUACUAGAGGAGAGCAAGACAAACAAUUCUUCCACAACUUUAUCACUUUUGGGAAAAAGAAGAUGGUUUGGGGCAGUUGGGAGAGUGGCUGUGCCAGCAACCUGAGGGUUCCUGGUUCAAUCCCCAUCUUCUACCAACCUUGUUGUGUCCUGAGCAAGACGCUUCACCCUUGCUCCUGAUGGGUACUGGUUUGCGCCUUGCAUUGCAGCUCCCGCCAUCAGUGUGUGAAUGUAUGUGUGAAUGGGUGAAUGUGGAAAUAGUGUCAAAGUGCUCUGAGUACCUUGAUAGUAGAAAAGUGCGAUACAACUAUAACCCAUUUAAGAGCAAAACACACUUAUCUGAAUGUGAUGUUAGCGAUACCAAAAAAAUACAUGAAAUAUGAACCAUGUAACAUGUUUUAGUAGUAUGGAUGAGUUUAAUAUUUAUAAUAAUCUGUGUGAAUGUUGUCUGUCUUUCUGUGUUGGCCCUGCGAUGAGGUGGCGACUUGUCCAGGGUGUACCCUACCCCACCUUCUGCCUGAAUGCAGCUGAAAUAGGCUCUAGCACCCCCCGCGACCCUGAAAGGGACAAGUGGUAGAAAAUGGAUAUAUAUAUAUAUAUAUAUAUAUAUAUAUAUAUUAUAGUUGGGCAGCAUGGUGGAAGAGGGGUUAGUGCGUCUGCCUCACAAUACGAAGGUUUUGAGUAGUCCUGGGUUCAAUCCCGAGCUCGGGAUCUUUCUGUGUGGAGUUUGCACGUUCUCGCCGUGAAUGCGUGGGUUCCCUCCGGGUACUCCGGCUUCCUCCCACUUCCAAAGACAUGCACCUGGGGAUAAGUUGAUUGGCAACACUAAAUUGGUCCUACUGUGUGAAUGUGAGUGUGAAUGUUGUCUGUCUAUCUGUGUUGACCCUGUGAUGAGUUGGCGACUUGUCCAGGUUGUAACCCGCCUUCCGCCCGAUUGUAGCUGAGAUAGGUACCUCCGCAAUCCAAAGGGAAUGAGCAGUAAAAAACGGAUGGAUGGAUGGAUAUAUAUAGUUAUAUAAAGAAUAUAUGUAUGUAUAUAUACAUACAUGUAUGUAUGUAUAUAUGUAUAUAUAUAUAUAUA